CAUCGUCUCUGAAAUCCUACCAAAUCAAAAGGCUCGGUUUCCUUUUAUUUUGCUAGCUGCUUCAUCGUCUUUGUUCGUGGAUUCGCAUUGGUCGGCGGGAGUUCUGCUCGGGCGAUGGCGGUGGCCCCCAAUGUUGAGACGAUCGCCGCGUCGCUGAGGAGCUGCUCGCUGGGGGAAGGCGGAGAAGGGGGGCGCUCGCCGCCGCUCCAGACUCAUCUCGCCGAGGCGAGCGACGAGAGCGGCGGCGGCGGCGGCGGCGGGAUCUCGGUGGAGCUCAACUCGGAGAUCGCCCUCCCAGUCCAGUGGGAGCAGUGCCUCGACUUGCGGACUGGAGAAAUUUACUACAUCAACUGGGAGAACGGAGACCGGACCACCGAGGAUCCUCGAAGCACUUCCGGCGGCUACAGCUCCAGCAACUACUACUAUGACGACGGCGACGACGGGGCCUCCGACGAGUACAGCUCUUCCAGAGGCGGCGGCGGCAGCGGCGGCGACGACAAGGAUGCUUCCGACGAGGAAGACACAGCCGAUUCCUCCAGCCUCUCCUCUGCAUCCCCGUCGCCAUCUUCCUCCGUCGAGGAUCCCAUCGGCGAAGACCACACGCUCGUCGCCGCCGGCUGCAAGGCCUGCUUCAUGUACUUCAUGGUCCCGAAGCGCGUCGACUCCUGCCCCAAGUGCGCCGGCGGCCUCCUCCACCUCGGCCGCAACGGCUAGCUAGUUCUGAAAAAAAAAAAAAAAACUUUCGAUCUUGUUCCACUACAAGCUAGCCAUUGGUUGUGGGGAAAGGUCAAAGAUUUAUGAUCAAGCUGGAUUCUUUUUGGUUCGGAUUGCGUUCUUGUUUCCUUAAUCGAUACUAGCUAGCUUCCAUGUGAAUCGCAUUGAGAUAGAUUCAAAGGUCGUGAUCGGUAUCUUGAUUUCACUCGAUCC